AUGGAUAUGACUCGCAAUAAAGCUAUGAAUGAAUGCCCGGUCUGUGGCAUGGCUAAAAGAAGAAUGGAGAGGCACCUUGUUGAUGUCCAUGGAUAUUCGCAAGGCCAAAUUUCGGAAUUCAAGGCUCAGAAAAAGAGCCGGAGAAUUGCUGUAUCGGGGAAGCCUGUUUAUAGCUGUGACUACUGUGAUGCGAAAUUCAUCAGUAUUAGUGAGCUGAACCGACACAAAGGAACGAAGCAUGCUCAAGAAUGUUUAACGCCAGUUAUAAUGUGUCCCAUUUGUAGAGAAACGGUUAAUAGUCAACGUGAGCUCGCAGAGCAUGCUCAUCAACAGCAUGUCUACAACGCAGACGAGUUCGUGGUCGAGAGCAUCAACUUCCAAAGUCUACAAGAUUAUCAGGUGAGAGAGAAAGCUGAAGGACGCCGUUCGCAGCGAGAUGGCGUUUCCUCGGUAGUUGAUGGAGAAGCUGAAAAUGAGCAUGAUGGACCGUACAGCAGCGACGGAGACGAAGAGAUGAUGGAAGUAGUGGUGGAAGAUGAUGUGAAAAACGAGUCCGUCGCAAGAAGUUCGACAGAUGUAGAGGACCGCUACAAAGAUAUGUUCCAAAAGAUGGAAAUGAUGUAUGCGUCAGCUCGUGAGAGUAUGCUUAAAGUGAUGAGAGAACCAACGGAAGGCACGCAAAUGGAGUCAGAGCAGGCGUUGCAGCAAAUGGACGAACUAACCAGGAGGUUAGGCUUGUUGGCUGAGAAUGUUGGAAGGAACGGAGACACUGCACGCCUUGCUCGCCGUCAUGACGUACCUUCGGUCGGCUGUCCUCAAGCGCUGACUCCGAUAAGGAAGCUUCAUAAGCGCACCCACUUACGCAAAGCAGAGCAGGCUAAGCGAAAGCCAGUCCUGGACAUUCCGGACUGUGCGCAAGACGAGAGGGAAGCGUGUGCUGUAUGCAUUCGGAUGCAGCCAAUCAGUGGUAGCACAAAACAUCGAAUUUGUUGGAUUCAGUGUCCAACUUGCGAAGACUGGAUGUAUACCGACUGUAUCAGCAAUAAUGUGUGCCCUCGCGACGGAGCAGAGUUGCGGAGAAAUGAUGUGUAG